UAACGAUUGGUUUGCACAUACCUACAGACACACUGUAUAAUACAGUAUAAUACAUAUGGACAUCAAUAAUAAUGAUGAUACCGCUGAUGAUCAGACACCUCUACUACAACCACUACCAUCACUACCACCACUUGAAAAUCCCGGAGCUGUUGGUAUCCCUGAUCAUCGUUUGCCACAACAACAGCAACAACAUAGACAUAAUAGGAGACAUACAAUUGAGACGGACAGGUAUAGUAGGCCAGUGGCGGCGGCACCAGUAGCUAGAAGUAGAUCUCAUUACGAUAGGACGGUUGCCGCUAAUGCUGGCGGUGGUGGUGGCCAACCAUCGCAAUUGUCUAUGAGUUCAUUGUACGGUCAUCCGGGACCGGGACACCCAUUGUAUCCAAUAAUUGGCGAACUAUUUAUGCCCGAUAUUCGGGACCCGCUCAACGAUAACGACUAUCGACGAUUGCGCCAACAAUUAGCUUCAUAUGGUUUUCAAUUAGACGACAGUAUAAUUGUAGGAACGGGACGCUAUGGACAUGUAUUUACCGGUAGGUAUGGACGCAAUAUUAGGACCCGAUUGAUGGCCAGUGAGAACCGGUAUCUCAUUGAUGACGAUAAUGUUGAGGAAAGUCGACCGUUUGCCGCCAAAUACAUACGUCUAGCACUGGACGCCCGGGACGACCAACGGCUGGCUGUUUAUAUGGAAAAACAAAUUAUGAAAUACGUCGGCAAACAUCCGAAUAUUGUCGGCCUACGGAUGGCCAUCAAUAUGGGCAGUCGGGUACUGGUCAAUGUCCAGUACGAUACCCAUUGGGAAAGCUUCUACAGCUAUCAGCAUACGUUGUUGAUCAUGGAUUUGGCCGAUCGGGAAACGUUGCGCCAGUUUAUAGCCAGAGGUGUACAACCAUCCAGACAACAACAACGUCGGCAACUGAGACGUCCUAAAUCACGGGUACCACCAGUGGUUCACGAGUAUACGGUCGACACGUGCAUAAAGUUUAUGCGCGAUCUGUUAGGUGCAGUCAGAUAUCUGCACCGUAAACAUGUUGCCCACUGUGACCUACACGAUGCCAAUGUACUGGUAUUUAGCCAAUUGAAUCAUCCUACCGGUGGUGGUGGUUGUGGUGUUCCCUAUGUGGCCAAACUAACCGAUUUCGGUUACGCCCAGUGCCUGGAUCUGGGAGCUACUGCUGCUGAUGGGCGCCGGUAUCUGUCAGUGGACGAGUUUGAUAUGUAUAGGUUUACCGAUCGCCGUAUGCUAGGCCUAAUGUUUUGGCAUCCGAUGAUCGAUGUAUUUGUUGUCGAUCGUCAAUCGGGAACUGGCGGUAGUGUUGGUGGUGGUGGUAGUAGUAGUAGUGAUGGUCUACCCAAUGAACUCAAGGUAUGGCGUAAAUUGGCCGACAAAUUGAUACGAUCGGUCGAUACAGAUAUUGAACAACUGUACGAUAAGUAUUUGUUUGUCAUUGAAUCGAUAGGUAGUGAUGGUGGUAGUCGGGUAGGACAUGGUGAUGAUGAUGAUGGACAGUUAGAUUUGUUACAAUAGCAACCAAUACAACAAACUGGUUUUGAAGGUAUUUCUCA